AAUCGUUACAUCUGCAGCGCACUUAAUCAACGAAUACAACAACAGCAAGAACAAAAAGUUAAUCAACGCCACCGCCAUCAACUGCCAACUGCCAGUGGCAGCCGCCGCCAACUAGUGACAGCUACUGCCAAAGUAAUCCGCUUGGCAACAGCUGUCACCACAGCUCAGCUUAGUACGAAAAAUGUUUCCCCGCCUGCCCGGUCCAAUUGGAGCGGAUAUCUUUCUUGGUGCCACCACCACUGUGCGUACGGUGUUUCCGAACUCGCGGCUAGAUUCGCUAUCUGGUGGCGGCGGCGGCAGCGGCAGCAGCAGCAGCGCGCAGAAUGCUCAUCAUCAUCAGCAGCAUCACAAUCACCAACAGCAUUCACACGAUGCCUCCUCGUCCUCCUCCUCCUCCUUCUCUGCCUCGGCCACACCAUCGCCCGCCUUUGGCAAUCAGCUGCUAUCGCCAUUCGAUCCGGCCAACAACAAUGAUUUCGCAGCCACGGCGUCGAUGAAUGCGGCUGCCGCUGAUGGCAGCAGCCUCAGCAUCAGCAGUAGUUUCAGUCCGCUGGAUGAUGGCGCGGCGAGUAAUAAUUACCUGCCUGAAGACGAUGCAGAUUGGUGGUCGAAUGCCAUCGAAGAGGACACUUUCGAAUCGCCGCUCGCGUUCGAUGCCAGCGAAAAUGGACUGUGGAAUGGGCGUUUUGUACCGCCACCACCACGCCCACCCUUUCUGGAUGAUGGCGUCGCUGCGGACGGACUUACCACCUGUGAUUUAUGUACGUGGGCAUGGCAGCGCAAUGCCUACUCGCUAGAUGGAUCGAUUGAUCACGCCGGUGAACUUGGUUGGGCGUUCACCUUAAUCAUAGUUUCAAUCAUAUCAGCUCUUAUAGGUGCUAUUGUAAUGGUCAUAGUUCUAAGGUGUAGAAGAAUAAAAUCAGCGAACGGUAAUGCUGGUCGCACACAACCCUGGUGGUGCCGUAACAAUCGUAAUGGUGGCUCCAAUGGCCGUUCUACACUCUCCAUUAAGCAUCCCGCCGAUAGCAUACGAAGGCGUCCGAAUAGUAACUCUGGUGUUUGGUCGUGGAGUCGACGCUCUUCAGCCAGUCCCGAUCAAAUCGGUCCACCAUCCUCAUCACCCGCCGAAAACCAUUACACACACAUGGAUGACGCAUAUAGUCCGGUUAAUGAGGCACUGUAUGCUGAAUUAGACCGCGAAUCGGUACGUUCAGGAAAUCCGUCUUAUCAAAAUACGGCCUACAGUCAGUGUGGUGAGAAAUACAAUUUUCAACAACAUGAACAGGACAUUCCCAUGGUGGUGUCAUCGGCGCCCAGUAGCGCCUAUUAUUCCGACCUCUCGGUGACCGGCAUGCCAGGCGGCGGCAAUGAGCGUGCCUAUGAAAUUGUCGGUUUGACGGUUAUGUCGCAGCCGCUGCCCAAUUGGGAUGGCAGUGGUGGCGGUGGCGGUGGCGGUGUUGGCGGAAGCAGCGGUGUCUUAGGCAUAGGCGUUGGCGGUACUAUGGGCAUGGGACUCGGCAGUGUUGGUGGCGGACCGAAUGAGGCUUCACAGCGACGCAUACCACGUUUGGCAGCCAUAAAUGAGACAAGCACCAGCACUGUGGUGGCGACAGUUCCCUCAGAUUAUGUAUGAAAUUUGGAGGAUGAGAGACAUAGCGUGGCAGAGGAAGGUGUAUAGCGAUUUUAAAAUGUUAUUAAAUUAUAUAGUAUACAUAUAUGUAUGUACAUACAUCAUAGGAAUAUAGUAUGUACAUACAGUGUACAGUUAUUUCGGUGGAGUUAAUAGCAAGUUAAUUAAAUGUUAUUUAAAUAAGUUAGUGAAAGUGAUGGUUAGCAGCACCUGUAGCAAACCAAACACAAAAAAACGACAGCAACAACAAUUUUGGUGUAUACAAAUGCGGUGCAAAAUGUGCCGUUUAUGAAAUUCAACGAGCUUAUGUAAAUUUGUUUAAAAAAAAAUAAUUAAAUUAAUUUUUGUAUUAUCCACAAACUGUUAUAGCAGUGCGACUCUUAAAAAAGCAACAAGCGCUUUUGUGUGCUAUUUAUUUAUAUAUAUACGCACGUAGUAUGUGUGCGGGUUUUCUGUUAGAUACUUAUAUAUAUGUACAUAAAUAUAUAUAGUAUAUGUAUCUAAAUAUGAAGUAAUGUUGUAUUAAAUUUUGCCACAUGCACGCACGCAUGUACGAAUAUUCUUAUUUAGAAAUUAAAUAAAAAAGUAAAAAUAAAUUAAUUAUACUCUGUAAUUAUUCUAUUGUAAUUGAUUUAGUAAGUAAGCUUGUUAAGAUUUAACGAUUUAAUCGUUGGUGAUAUUUAGCCUAAAUAUUUAGAAGCGUUGAUGUGCGCUAUUGAGGCGUGCAUAGGCCACAUCGGAAUGUAAAAGCUGUAAAUAACUCGUUUACUAAAUGCGUGGCAACAUUUCAAAUCUAUGUAUACACACCUUUCGAGGAUUAUCUAUUUAAAAGAAUGCCAGAGUUAAACAUUAUUUAAUGCAUAUUGACGUUCUUUAAGGACAUAAACAUAACAUGAAUAUAGAAUAUUUAUAGAAAUGCUAUAUGUAUGUAAUAUCUAUUAGAUCUUAAGUAUGAAUGAAUUUAGUGCGUAAUAUGAGUUAAAUUUAAUUUGUGUAUGUAAAAUAAAUAUUUUAGUAUAAAAAAAGGCAUAAAUAAAAUAUUGUAUUUAACUGCAAAAAGUAAAUUAUUUACAUAUGUAUGUAUGUAUGUAUGCACAUAGUUAGCACUCGAAUUUUCAGCACUUGCACUUUAUGUUAAAUUUUAAUGUGCUAUACAACUGCAUACCAACAUUUUUCAUA